UUGUUGUUCUAUUUUUGUACAAUUUAUACUGAAUGAUUGAAAUAUUGAUCAUGGUCUGUAGUAUUCAGUAGAGAAAAAAUAUACAAAUAAAAAAAUAUUCUCAUUUAAAUUAAAGUCACGUAAGAGAACAGCUGUUUUCGCAACAGAUAGUAAACAGUUAUGCGGAAGGCGCGUGAUGCAUGAAAGCUCUGCCAAAAUUCUGCAGCAGAACGCGUAAGCGGGGUCUAAUUCUAAUCGAAUGCAGUGCGUUACACGCGCUCACAUUGUACUAUAAAAAGCUUUCAGCCUGCUGUCGAUGGGCUCAGUACGUUUUGGCAACAACCUCGACAACAAAGCUCCUCUCUUCUAAGUGAUAUUCCGUCCUUUCGCUGUGUAGUGAAACAGAUAUCAAAAAACGAUAGUGGAAAAGGGAUAGUCCAAGCAAAAGCAGUCACAGUCAGCAUAGAGCUACAAACAAACAGAGAUGAAACCAGACAUCACAUGGCUACGUACGGAUAGUUGUAAACGUGAGCAAACCCGGGGUGCAACGUAUCCAUGGCCGGUUAACCUUCUACGUUGAACAACGAACUUUUAUUUUUAAAACCGACUGUUGAUCUACGCGUGACGUACUCCACCUGUACGACCAAAAAAAACACCAGUCUAUAGUAAAAAUACUCUAACAAAGACAACGCGCCACUCAUUGGCGGAAGAGAAAGCAUGAUCGUGAUCCCAUUAAGUGCCAAGAAGAACACUGCACUUGAACGUUCGGCUAUUCCUGUCAUUCGUAAAUGAUGCAAUGCAUCGAUCGGGAAUUCAGUCAUGCACUUUGGAGUUAAAAUCACACAUCUUUUGUUUACCCCUCGUUUAUCAGACCUUAUCAAGCCAUUAGAUGCAGAUCUUCGUAAAGACGUUAACCGGAAAAACGAUCACCCUUGAUGUGAUUGCUUCGGAAACGGUUUUGGACAUUAAAAGCAAAAUUGAACAACGUGAAGGCAUUGCACCGGAUCAGCAGCGAAUCAUCUUUGCCGGUAAACAGCUGGAUGACGGUCGCAUCAUAUCCGACUACAACAUCCAGCACGGCUCGACGAUGCAUCUGGUGCUCCGGUUGAAGGGUGGAAUGCAAAUCUUCGUGCGAAUGCUGACGGGGAAAACGAUUGCGAUCGAUACGGAACCGGAAGCGACGGUCGAGAGUGUGAAGAAACAGAUCGAUGAGCGUGAGGAAAUCCCGCCCAACCAGCAGCGCAUGAUCUUCGCUGGUAAGCAGCUUGAGGAUGGGCGGCAGCUCCAGGAGUACAGCAUCAUCAAAGCAUCCACCAUUCAUUUGGUGCUGCGUCUCAAGGGUGGCAUGCAAAUCUUUGUCAGAAUGUUAACCGGCAAGACUAUUGCCGUCGAUACAGAACCGGAAGCAACGGUGGAAAGUGUGAAAAAGCAGAUCGAUGAGCGUGAGGAAAUCCCGCCCAACCAGCAGCGCAUGAUCUUCGCUGGUAAGCAGCUUGAGGAUGGCCGCCAGCUACAGGAAUACAGUAUCAUAAAGGCGUCUACCAUUCAUCUGGUUCUGCGUCUCAAGGGGGGCGCCUUUAAACUCACCCAGUUCGAGUAAACAAGCUGUAUUGUCCUAUUUUCUGCUUAACGUAUUCCAUUGGCAAUCGGGCACAGUCUACAAAGUGGCGCUCCCGAUGAUCCCCGAUGGCGAUGAUCGAUGAUGGUGAAUGACUGUUUACAUGA